AUGAAGACGUACCGUAAGCUGAAUGAGGUCCAUACUGAGAGCGAAGAAGACAAUGUUGUCAAACUAAGUUUUCCUCUGCCUCCUCCAGUUGGGGAUUUUGACGAUAUGGACGAAACACAAUAUGAUCACUUGGCAGUACGGGCAUUUCGACACCACGAACUUGGAGGGAGUGAGGAGGCUAGAUUUGAAAGGAAGGAAGACUAUGUGCCCGAUGUGCCUCCUCGAAAAAAUAAAAUGAAACAAAUUUUAGAGGAACAAAAUCAAGCAUCCAAAGAGUAA